CUGAAUUAUGGCGGCUUCUGCGCCGGCCCCGCACAUGGCUGACUUUCCGGCUGAGGGUCGGUGCAGUUACUACGUGGAAAAGAAGAAGCGGUUCUGCAGGAUGGUGGUGGCGGCAGGGAAAAGAUUCUGUGGGGAACACGCUGGAGCCGCGGAGGAAGAAAAUGCUCGGAAAAGAAUUCUCUGUCCUUUAGAUCCAAAACACACAGUAUAUGAAGAUCAACUAGCAAAGCAUUUGAAAAAAUGUAACUCAAGAGAGAAGCCAAAACCUGACUUCUUUAUUCAAGAUAUUAACGCAGGCUUAAAAGAUGGAACAGAAAUACCUGAACAGUUAGUUCCAAUUUCUUCUCUCUCUGAAGAGCGGUUGGAAAACUUAAUUAAGAAAUUGAGGAAAGCAAGUGAAGGUUUGAACUCUACACUUAAAGAUCAAAUUAUGUCCCAUCCAGCAUUGCAUGAUGCCCUUAAUGACCCUAAAAAUGGUGAUUCUGCAACCAAACACCUGAAACAGCAGGCUUCUAUUUUAGGUAACAUUGAAAAAUUAAAGUUACUUGGUCCAAGAAGAUGCUUUGUCGAGUUUGGAGCAGGAAAGGGAAAAUUAUCUCAUUGGGUUGAUAUUGCAUUAAAAGAUGCUGAGAAAGUUCACUUCAUCCUAGUAGAAAAGGUGACCACGAGAUUCAAGGUAGAUGGCAAACACAGAAAGAAAAAUUCAGUAUUCGAGAGACUUCAAAUUGAUAUUCAACAUUUGUGUUUGAAUAAGAUUCCUUUGCUAAGCAAAGAAAAACUACCUGUGGUAGGAAUUGGAAAGCAUCUGUGUGGUGUGGCAACAGAUCUUGCAUUACGAUGUUUGGUUGAAACCUAUGCUGCCAGUUGUGAGGAAAGGACUGAAGAACCUUUAGCCAAACGCAUAAAGAAUGAU